AUGUCUUUAUUUGAAGUUGAAGGAUGGGGUUUGGAAGGCAAGAAGGUUGCUGAGCCCAUUCCCAAGGCCAAACCAGCUAAGGAAAAUAACGUUACAAAGAAGAGCGGAAAAAAGGCGAAACAGAAGAACCAGAAGCAGGGUUCUAAGGUGCAUCAUGCCAAACUCGAGGACAAUGAUAUUCCCCCCACAAUGAGUUCUGAUAAUUCCAAAGCCAUAUCUGCUCAAUCGGAGCCAUCAAAAGCUCCCCAGGUCGCCUCUAACUCGUCGCUUACUCCGCUCCAACGCAAAAUGAUGGCCAAGCUUGCGGGUUCGAGGUUCAGAUGGAUCAACGAACAGCUCUACACCAUCCGGUCUGAUGAGGCUCUGAGACUGAUACAAGAGCAACCAGAACUGUUUGAAGAGUACCACGAGGGUUUCAGAUCGCAAGUGCAGUCGUGGCCAGAAAACCCUGUCGAUGUCUUUGUUAAUCAGAUCAAAACUCGGGCUACCACCAGACACGUCAAUGCACCGGGAGGUCUUCCUGGUUUGGCAAACGGCAGGGUUGUGAUUGCUGAUAUGGGAUGCGGAGAGGCUCAGCUUGCGCAGGACGUGAAGAAGUUUAUGCCAUCAAUAAAGAAGAAGAAGAUAAAGAUAGAUGUGCACUCGUUCGACCUGAAGAAAGCCAACAACUUUGUGACAGUGGCUGACAUCAAGAAUGUCCCGCUCGAGGACGAAUCUUGCACAAUCGUGGUAUUCUGUUUGGCCCUGAUGGGUACAAAUUUUCUCGACUUCAUUGCGGAAGCAUACAGACUACUGGCUCCAAGAGGAGAGCUCUGGAUUGCGGAAAUCAAAUCCCGUUUCAGCGACGAGAAGGGAGCGGAGUUUAUAGAGGCACUCAAGAGCUUUGGGUUUUUCCACAAGUCUACGGACGACUCCAACCAAAUGUUUACUAGGUUUGAAUUCUUCAAGCCACCACCGGACAUUCUGGCCGAGAGACGGGCCAAGGAGGAAAAGAAGCGCAAGUUUGUUGAAAAGGAAAACAAGCUCGAAGCUCUUGAAACCAAAAGACAGAAGCGGCCCGAGGGAGAGUGGCUACUAAAGCCUUGUAUUUAUAAAAGACGGUAA